AUGUACACUCACCCCGCUCACCACCCCCAGUCUAUGACCGAGUAGCCAUCCCAGUCACGCUCCCAUAACCAGCCUGGUACAUGCCAUGAAUACUCAACGACAGAGUAGGAUAGAACGCAAUUCAGUGGCAGUGAUUCUGAUGAGCCGCCAUUGUGUAGGUGUCCAUCUCCCUCUGAAGCUGGUUCAUUCCAGCCAGUCCCCUGCUGUCUCUGGCUCCACACCUACCCGGCCAUCUAGAGUUGUGAAGUCAGUGACAAAGAAGAGGAGGUGGGGAAGAGAGAAACCUGCAGACAGAGGGCCAGAGGGUCGUUGGCACUGUCUUAGAAGAUGAUGUGGAACCAAAUCCACCAGUUUUUAGACCCAAAAGGCAGCCAGGACCUCAACUAGACAUGACUGCAAAGUACAGUCCCCUUCAACUUUUUCAACUGUUUUUCACCUCGUCAGUUGUUGAUUCCAUGGUGGCGAACACCAAUAAGUAUGGGGCUAAGAAGCAGGCAGGAAAGAAAGAGGCAUGGAAGACCAUUUCCAUGUCAGACCUUUUCUGCUACUUUUCAAUGGUCAUUUACAUGGGGCUGGUGAAGUUGAAAACUCUAAAAGGGACUACUGGAAAACAUCAGCUCUCUAUCAACUGCCUUUCCCCAUGACUGUCAUGUCUUCUAAAAAGGUUUCUGACUAUCUCACGGGCACUUCACAUCAGUGACCCAGAAGUUGAUGGGGAGAAUGACAAGGAGAGGCACACCAAGGUUUGAUAGGCUCUGUAAAAUAAAACCUCUCUACCCCAGCAUCGUUGAUGCCUGCAAGACUUAUUUUCAGCCCGCCCAGAACGUCCAUCGAUGAGAGAAUGGUAGCCUCAAAGGCCAGAAUCAGCCUCAAACAAUACAUGUGUAACAAACCAACCAAAUGGGGUUACAAGCUGUUUGUUUUGGCUGAUUCUGUGUGUGCCUACACUUGCAAUUUUUUUUGUUUAUGAGGAAAAAACAGUUUUGCUACCGGUAAUGGACUGAGUUAUGAUUCCGUUAUGGAGUUAUUGGAUUUUCAACUGCUGGGGAAGGGCUACAAACUUUUUGUGGACAACUUCUACACAAGCCCUACCCUGUUUGCAGACCUGAGGAAGCUGGAUAUGUGGGCUUGUGGCACCAUUCGGACCAAUAGGGUGGGAUUUCCAAAGACCGCCUAAGCGGGCUGAGCGGGGUACCAUGCGAUGGAUCCGUGAAGAUGACCUGCUGUUUGUGAAGUGGCUGGAUACCAGAGAGGUGGUCAUGUGCUCCAGUAUCCACAAGUCCUUCAGUGGAGAUCAUGUCAUCAGACGUGUGAAGGAUGGUGCCGGGGCAUGGACCACAAAAAAUGUCCCCAUUCCAGCUGCUGUGAAGGACUACAACAAGAGCAUGGGAUGUGUGAACCUGUCAGAUGCGCUGAUAGUAUACUACAAUGUUCUUCACAAGACCAUGAAAUGGUACAAAACAUUUUUCUAUCAUUUCAUUGACAUUGCUGUGGUGAAUUCCUUCAUCCUCCAGAAGGAAAUGGCCAAGAGCUGUGGACAGCCCCCCAUCUCACAGCUAGCCUCCAGGGAGCUGCUCAUCCAGGAGCUUGCUAGCUACAGCAAGUCCACUGCAGCACCUUCUGCUCCAACCAGUGCUGUUCACCUGCCCAGAUUCAUCUCUGCAGGCAUGAAUGUGCCUCAGGGCAAAAAGGGCACAGUAGGGAGACGUCGUUGUGCCCUUUGUCACAGGAAAUGCCCCAUCACCUGCACCACCUGUUCAGUAAGCCUCUGCUUUACAGCCGAAAGAGACUGCUAUGGGGCAUGGCAUGAGCAGCACAAUAUUGUGUAGAGGACUGAAGGUCUUCACAAUAUUGUAAAUAGAAAAUGUGUAAAUAGUUACCCUUGUUAUUUGUUUGUUUAUUAUUAUUAUUUUUUUUCAACAAAAAAAAUCAUUUAUAUAUAUUUAUUUUUGGGGGGUGUGUUAUAAUAGCAUUUAUGUAUUUUGUAUAUAGUUAUUUCCUUCAAAAUGUAUCACUGUACCAAUUUGGCCACUUGGGUCCAUUUGGGUACAUUUGUGUGGGACACCUGGGUGACUUCAUGCUCAAUAUCAUGUAGCUCGCUCAUUUUUGAAGUUAUCUGUCUAAAACUUUGCUCAGCUAUUGUUGCCAUCUUAUGUUCUUCAUUCAAAUCAUCCACAGCAUCCUAUCUGUAUGUUUGGCUGUUCUUGGCCAUUUGAAAGAUGAUGCAGCAACAAUAAAAAACAGAAAACGUAUGUUUAUUUUCUUGUAUUUUCUUC